UCCACCCGGAGACUUUAGCAACGGAAAUACAGUCCGUACUGGGCGGUCAGUCUGCCACGUCGGAAAUAUUAUCAGUAAUUUCAUUUCGGAAGAUCAGAAGAGCAACUAGGGACGUUUUUUUUUUUAGGUGUUGAGGGAGUUUGUUGGAGGGAUAUAAUUAAAUAUGGUUUCGGUCAUUAACACAGUGGACACCUCGCAUGAGGAUAUGAUCCAUGAUGCUCAGAUGGAUUAUUACGGCACCAGACUUGCCACCUGCUCCUCUGAUCGCUCCGUAAAGAUCUUUGACGUCAAAAACGGAGGGCAGAUCCUUGUGGCUGAUCUGAGGGGCCAUGAGGGUCCAGUGUGGCAGGUGGCCUGGGCUCACCCCAUGUACGGCAACAUCCUGGCAUCCUGCUCCUACGACAGGAAGGUGAUCAUCUGGAAGGAGGAGAACGGCACCUGGGAUAAGAUGUAUGAAUACACAGGCCACGACUCCUCUGUGAAUUCUGUUUGCUGGGGACCGUAUGAUUUCGGGUUGAUUCUGGCCUGUGGCAGCUCAGAUGGUGCAAUUUCAGUGUUGACCUGUUCUGGAGAUGGACACUGGGAUAUUAAGAAGAUCAACAAUGCACAUACAAUCGGCUGUAACGCUGUGAGUUGGGCCCCAGCUGUUGUCCCAGGAAGUCUUAUUGAGCAGCCAACAGGACAGAAGCCCAACUACAUCAAGAGAUUUGUGUCUGGAGGCUGUGACAAUCUGGUCAAGCUGUGGAAAGAAGAGGACGGCCAAUGGAAAGAGGACCAGAAGCUGGAGGCGCACAGUGAUUGGGUGAGAGAUGUUGGCUGGGCUCCUUCCAUUGGUCUGCCCACCAGCACAAUAGCCAGCUGCUCACAGGAUGGUCGUGUGUUUAUCUGGACGUGUGAUGACCCAGCCGGUAACACCUGGACGGCCAAACUUCUCCACAAAUUCAACGACGUGGUGUGGCACGUGAGCUGGUCCAUCACAGGAAACAUCCUUGCUGUGUCAGGAGGGGACAACAAAGUGACCCUGUGGAAGGAAUCAGUGGACGGACAGUGGGCCUGUAUCAGUGACGUCAACAAAGGCCAGGGUGCCGUGACCUCCAUCACAGACAGCCAACAGAACGAGCAGUGAAGCCCAUCUCCUCUCUCGCCCGUGGUGGAGCACCUCUAAUCAGACUAGGGUCACAUCCUUCUGCCCUCAAAGACUUUUCUCCAACGUUAAAAGUGCAUCUCACUCCCAGGCGGCAGAACCCAAAUUAAUUUUUUUUUCUUUUUUCUUCAACAUUGCCCUGAUUUUUAGAUCAUUUCCAUUGGUUCAUUUCCAAACCGGAUGUUUGAGCUGAUUUGUAUUGUUUGUAAAAAUUCUUAACAUGUCAAUUAUGUUGAGAAGGAAAAAAAAAUACAAUAUAUGAAACAUUGGACAUUAGUGUGUUUCAAAACCUGGACGACCAUUGAAGAAUAAAGUUUUCUAUACUAAACUAUAA